GACGCGUCGGCGCAUCUUGUGGACUACUCUCGGUUUUCGUCGUUGCUGACCUUGUCCUCUUGAACGCUAUCACGAGCUGUGGCAUUGUUGUUCUAGAAAUGCCUCGCCUGAACAAGAUCUCAGACCGGACCAAGGGCAAGGAGAAGCGCAUGCGGCCUGAAUCCUCAAGCGAACACGAGGACGAUUGCGAUUCGUCCCUCUCAGAGAAAGUUAACAAAAGGGUCCGUUGGGGAAGCGGUUUGGGAACUAUAGAAAAUAGCGUAGAUGAUGCAACUGAAGAAGGGACGUCGAGCACGCCGGAGAAGAUCUGCUUCGCUGCAUCUGCCCAAUUUGGACGUAUUGGUUGCGCAUAUUACGACCCAGUCAAGUGCACCAUAUACACGUUGGAAGAUACGCCUGAGAACCAGCAUUUCGAUCUGACGAAGAGCCUUUUGGAGCAAUGCGGUCCAGAUAUAGCCAUCACGAGUUCGAAAGCUGACGACAACUUCAUGGACGUGCUCCGCGACCACAUGGAUUCGUCCGGAGGCACUUUCCAAGUAAGGCCACAUAAAGACUUCUCAGCUGCGAAAGGCCGCGACCGUUUGCUCUCUUUGCGACUUCUCUCGGAGCUACCGCCGGACCUUACGCGUGACGCGCCAUCUUCAGAGUCUAACGGAAGUUCAGAGCCUCGGAAUGCUUAUGAAUUCAUGCGCAGACGACGGGAAGCGGGCGGUGACCCCACUAUGCAGCAAUGGAAUGCAUCGAUUCGGUUAGCAAAUUACGCGUCUAUGGAAGCAACACCCUUGUGUCUCGGUAGCGUUGGUGCUCUGCUCGAUCACCUUACGCGGAUCCGAGCUGUCGGCGAUCUUGAUGACGAAGGGAUCAACGGGCUGGAAGUCCGUGCCAUCGAACCGUUGGCAUUAUCCCAGGCAAUGCAGAUCAACGCCGAUGCGCUGUUCUCUCUGCAGGUUUUCGAAGAUGAGAGCCACGCGUCGAUCCAUUCGGACAAGACGAAGGAAGGCCUGUCGCUAUUUGGAAUCCUCAACAACACGAAGACCACCUUAGGACGCGCUCUGAUGCGGGAGUGGCUGCUGCGCCCGUCCUUGUCACUCUCAAUCAUUAAUACACGCCACGAUGCCAUCGCGUGCUUCGUGCGACCUGACAAUCAAGCGACGGCCUGCGCAAUGCAUUCACAUCUCAACGGCAUCAAAAAUGUACCACGUAUCCUAGGGAUUAUGAAGGCUGGCAAAGCGAGGGUAUCAGAUUGGCAGUGUCUUGUAAAGUUCACGUUUCACUCGCUCAUGUUGCGGGAUGCCAUGGCUGAGUUGAGCCAUGCCGGCCAUGUCGAGAUAGUCAAGAAGCUCGUUGAGGCAUUGGAAGUUGCGAGUUUCAAAGACGUAGGGAGCGCUGUGAAUGAAACGAUCGAUUGGGAGGAAUCCACGCUCGCUGGCCGUGUUUGCGUUCGCCCGCAUAUCGACGAGGAACUCGACAAUCUGAAGCAUAUUUACAAUGGCAUCGACAGCGUACUGUCCAGGGUAGCGCAGCAGAUAUCAGAGACAAUACCUCCUGAUUACGCGUCAUCACUGAACGUUGUCUACUUUCCUCAGCUAGGGUUCCUCAUAUGCGUUCCAAUGCUGGAUGAAUGGAAAUCAGAUGCCGGAGUCCAGGUUCUGGACGGGUGGUCCUUCCAGUUCUCGUCCGACUCCCACGUUUACUUCAAGUCGCAGGAAAUGCACGACAUGGACGCUCAUAUCGGCGACCUUCACCCCUCGAUUGUCGACCGCGAAAUCGAGAUUGUGCAGUCGCUUUCAGAGCGGAUACUGAUUCACGCGGGCCCCAUGCAAUAUGCAUGCGAUGUGUGUGCAGAGCUGGAUUGUCUAUUAUCCUUCGCAGAAACCUCUACAUCAUGCAACUUCAUUCGACCACGAAUGGUAGACAAGAACGUCAUCGAUAUUAAACAGGGCCGUCACCCUCUACAGGAGUUCGUUGUAGAUACCUUUGUUCCCAACGACGCCCUUCUGAUUGGGGGCCGUGAUGUGGCCGUUGAGCUCGCCGACGGCGACGAUGUUACCCAGAAUGGUAUGAUGGACAGGAACAGCGUUGUCGUAUGCACCGGAGCCAACGCGUGCGGCAAGAGUGUAUAUAUCAAGCAAAUCGCGAUGAUACAGUACAUGGCACAGAUUGGAUGCUUCGUUCCGGCUGAGUCUGCCACCCUAGGAAUAGCUGACAAGAUCUUCACGCGAGUUCAAACCAGGGAAUCAGUGUCCAAAGUCCAGUCUGCCUUUAUGAUCGACUUGAAUCAGGUGUCCUUCGCUCUGCGCAACGCUACGGAACGGUCUCUUAUCUUGCUGGACGAGUUCGGGAAGGACGGCGCGGGGCUCUUCUGCAGCGUCCUCAAGCACCUCGCCAGCCGCGGCGCCGCCUGCCCCAAAGUCCUCGCCGCGACGCACUUCCACGACGUGUUCACGCAAGACCUGCUCGACCCCGCCUCGCUCCCCAUCACCUUCGUGCACAUGCAGAUCCUCCUGACCGGCGCCAACGACGCGGACUCUGGGGUCGAAGACGACGGAGAGGAAGACGAGGCGCGCGUCGCCCCGGGCGAACGGAUCACGUAUCUAUAUAGGGUUGCGAAGGGCCUCUCGCUAGACUCGCACGCAGCGAUGUGCGCGGAAAUAUUCGGCAUCCCGCGGCGUGUCGCCCGGCGGGCGCAAUACGUCAGCCAACUGCUCGCGACACACGAGCUCGGCCAGCUGCUCGACGAAGAGAUGAGUGACACCGAGCGGCGGGACCUCGAGGGCGCGGAGGAAGUGUGCAGAAGGUUCCUCGCGUGGAAGCCGGUGUGCGAUGGAGAUAGUGGCGAUUCUGAGCCGCGACAGGACGUGCGACGGGUGCUGGCGGAGGUUCUUGGGCGGCAGCCAGAGUGA